AUGGGUCGAGGGAGGGAUGUGAGAAGCGGACGUUUAGAAGAGCGUGCCAAGUCGGCGUGCGCUGGGCACGGUGCCACGGUCGGUUUUCCGCACGGAAAUCGUACAACACCGGGGCGCUGCCGCUUGCUGCCGACCGCGUGGGGGCGCCUCGUGCGGCCGAGGUCUGUAUAUAAGCGUCCCGUGGGGAUCGCGGGCACCUUCUUCACUCGUCAGCAGGAGAAUGAGCUAUCCGCCGCCUCAAGGACAACCCUACCCCGAUCAAGGAGGGUAUUACCCGGGUGGUCCUCCGCAGCAGCCCGGCCAGUACUACGGCGGCCCGCCGCCUCAGGGUGGGUACGCACCCAAUCCGGGACCGCAGACCGUCUACGUCGUCCAGCAACCGCCGCAGAAGGACAGCGGAGGAGACGCCGGGUGCAUGGCCUGUCUCGCGGGUAUCCUUUGCUGUUGCUGUGCUGA